UAAGGUUCUUUCUGCCGGUUCUGUGUUUUAUAUGGGCAUUAUAUGGCACAUUUCAUUAUGUCCGGGUUAAUGAGAGGAAUAUGUGUGAUAUGACUUAUAUGUUCGAAUAUCCUGAGUAUCUGAAAAUCCCUUUGAAGUAUGAAGUGGCAAGCAAGUUUCCUCGCUAUAGUUUAUAUAUUUAUGGUGAAGGGAAAUAUGCUGAAUCACUCAAAGCUGGCAACAUUCAAGGUAAUCCCGUGCUGUUCGUCCCCGGCAAUGCUGGCAGUCAUCGUCAAGUUCGAUCUCUUGCAUCUGUUGCUCUGAGGAUGGGAAAAUCUCUUCAACUGCAUAUGCAUUUUAAUUUUUAUUCAAUAAAUUUCAAUGAAGAAAUAUCUGGUUUAUAUGGCGGAGUUCUAAAUGACCAAAUGGAAUUUCUCCAUGAAUGUGUAAAGCAUAUUCAAAGUCUGUAUCCAUCGAAGAAGAAAUUAAUAUUGAUUGGCCAUUCCAUGGGAGGCAUGAUAGCUAGAGCCGUGUUUUCUAUACCAAAAUUUGAUUCUUCUGCCAUUUCACUUAUUUUGACUUUAGCAACACCACACAAGGAACCAGUUAUUGCCUUGGAUUCUGGCAUAGUAGAUUUUUAUCAAAAGACCAAAGAAACAUGGAAAUAUAGAUUGAAGACAGAGUUGAGAGAUAUACCUCUUAUAUCAAUAGGAGGUGGCCAAAGAGACUUCUUAGUGAGGAGUGAUUUAACUUCAUUGAAUUUUCAGCAUAAGAAUUUGAUGGAUAUUCAUUGUUUGACUCCUGCAAUUCCUGGUGUUUGGGUUUCAACUGAUCAUUUGGCAAUUGUCUGGUGUAAACAGCUAAUACUCACCAUAUGCAGAAGUUUCUAUGACUUAUACAAUGAAAGAAAUAAACAGAUUAAUAUAUCCGAGUCUGAAACUGAAAUGAUCUUGAGACACCACUAUGUUUCUAGAUAUGCAGGUACUCACAUUUCUCAAGUACCGUACAUUCCUUUCACUACUUUUCCUAGAUCAGGGCAGUGGAUCGAGAUGAAAUUUAAUGCUUGGCGAUUUUCGCGUAAUAAGGUCCUAUCUGAUGUAUACCUGUUGGUUCCUUUAUCUUUGGAUGGAGAUAUUAUAAUAGUUGCAUCAGGCUUGGCUAAAAAAGACUGGAUUUUUGGGUGUACUAAACAAUCUGCUAAUUCUGAAACAUGCACUGAAGCUGAAAAUUUAUCUGAGAGAGGGGAAAUCAUUCCAUCCAGAAAAAAGAAUGUCGAACGAAGAUUCAUACAUUUGAGUAGAGAAUAUCUUUAUGUUAAGAAAUACUUUUAUCUCGUCGUCUAUGUUUCCCCAGUGAAAAAUCAGGUUGAGAUUCUUGGGGAAAGGUAUAAUAGUAAUGAACGAACAAAGUUCGCCACUUUACCGUCACUACUACAGCGGCCUUUUACUUUCACUCCUGUCCGUAUUUUAAGCAUUUCAUUAGUGGAGCCUGUGAUAUUUUACAACAUUACAAUUCCAAAGAGUGCUGGCAUUUUUGAAGCUACAGAAUUUCAGUUGGAAACUCGACUUUGCAAAGCUGGAAGCUUUGUAGGUCAAGGUAUCAUCAAGAUGCACAUCCCAUCGAGCAACGAAGUGUCGUUUUAUCACAUUGGAACUUCACUGGGUGGCUUAACAGUUAUUCCAACGAGGGUAAAUCUUCUGCCAUCAGAGGUAAGGAACCGCAAUGUCAAUUUGCAGUUGAUUCUGGAUCCCGGAUGCAGCGUCGUGCUUUCUGCAACUUUCCCUUUAAGUCAUGUUGCUAGCCAAUUUGUGAAAUUUUAUGGGACAUAUAUCGUGGGAUAUACAGUUGCUCUUCUAUUAACAUUUCUAGCAGGCCAAAUGAAAUACAUUGGUUCAUUAGGUACAAUAUCACCUUUCUACAAAAUAUUUGGUCAAUAUCCAACAUUUCUGACAUUAGUUGCUGUGCCAUCAUUAUUGUUCCAUUGUAUCUGGGCUCAGGGUUACUACUUACCUCUUUUCCCUCAUCCUGAUGAUAUUGCUAUAUGGGAUAAAAGUUUGUUAUCGGCGUUUCUGUUACGGACAUUAUUGUAUCUCAUAUCUUGUGGAUUAAUAGUUACUGUCUAUAUACUUAUGGAGGUUUUCAUGAAAUUUUUCUCAAAUUUUUGGAUUUGGAUAAGGCACAGAAAUAUCCUCAAUGCAACUGAAAUUCCCUUAGAACAAACUUUAAAGGGUCCAGUAAGGAUUUCUAAGCUAAUGGUUAUUUGGUCUUCUUUUCUGGCAGCCACUGCUCUUGUUUUCUCUGGCUCCCUUGCCUGUAUUUUUGCCGUUGUGUUUCAUUUAUGCAAGGUGCUCACUAUGCAUGCAAGAUGCAAAGCAGAAGAAGAGCGACGCGGUUCUAAUUUAGGAACAUCUAGGUGGUAUUUUCAUUUCACUCUACUUCUGUUAUGGAUACUCGUAACUGUUUUGGUGUCUCCCAGCUUCAUUUCCUGGUUGAAAAGCCUGGAGUACUCACUCAGAGUCCCAAAUGAUCCAUAUUGUUUGCCGUGUCUUCUUUUGAUAGUCAGUUCAUCAUUUUUAUGGCAGUUACCUACUCCAUGUUUAAACAGGCUGAAGUACGAGAGUGCAUCCCAUGCCAUUCACAUUAUUGCCACCGUAGCUACCUUAUACGGGAUAAAAUCCGUGUUCAGACUUCUGUAUUACAUCUGUCUCACUUUUGUCAUAAUUUGUGUGCAGCAGACAUUUGCAUAUUUCCACGGACCAUUACCAAUUAAGUAUGAUUAAUAAGUGAACAACAAUUUUUUCCAUUAAAAAUUUGCCAAUCCUCCUCCCCCAGUGAUCCUGUGAAAACAAAUUUACCGAACUUACUGAUAUGCGGUGUGUGAAAAUUCAAUAUGUAGCUGAACUACAUAAUAUUAUGCAGUGGUCUUCAAACUUUAUUGAUGUGAAGAUCAGUAAAAUUUUUAAAUGAUUUAGCGAAUAUUAGAAAACAUUCUGAAAAAUUAAAAAUAAUAUAUAUAUGAACAUAAUAAAUAACAUUUAUUUAACAAUUAUUAACAUUUACUUACCUUUAACCUGAAAUAAUAUUUAUUUUUCUUUGGAGACAUAGCAUUCAUUUACAUUUCUGAAGGCAAGUGUUACUAUUAAAGAAUCAGAUACUUUAGUUAUCCCACAUAUUGCUACCUCAUAAAUUCUCCUAAAUAUGAAUAAGUGUUGAUGAGUCAAUCCCUUUUGUUUUGCCAUUUGGCCACACAUCAUAGUCUCACAGCUGUAGCUAGAAUUUUCAGCACCUGGGAACAGCUGAAGAUUUUGUGCCUCUUGUCGUUUGUCAAGAUGGGAAAACAUUUCAUUCUAAAAAUUCAUAACAUCAAUUUGACACCUCCCAAAUGCUGUACCAGGAACCAGUAUCCCCUUACUCCCCUCUAGCUAUGCCACUGCAUAGUUCUAUUUCUGGGUAUUUGCACCAGAUGUUGCAUCUACAAGGUUAAAAAUUGUAUUUAUGAUUUACUGUGAAAUGUUGAAAAGUGACUCCUUGUAAUUCUUUGUUUUUAUGAGUUUGCCAGCAAUUGGAAUAUAUAAUACUUCCUUCAUUUACAUGUUCUUUAAUCACUUCCAUUAGGGUCUGGAAAUAAUGCAAGGAAAUAGUCAGUCACCUCUUGAAAUAAAAAAUUAACUUGCUUUCCUGUUUGAAGUUGUAAUAAAGUGGCAGGAAAAAGAAGUGAUUUAAGCAAUAACCAAUCUUAUGCUGCCGUCUAAAAAUAAAUAAACUAACUAAAAGCAUAAUGCACAUCAUUGCCAGAAUAUCUUCCAAAUUUUGGUGUUGUGGAACCCUUAGAAAAAUUACAUGGAGCUCAAGGUUCCAUAUAAUGCAGUCUGAAGAUCGCUGAUGUAAUAUAUGAUGUUAAAAAUGUCUUUUAUUGAAUGAUCAUGAAAAAUGAUCAAUUAGGCAUAUUAAUAAUAUAAUAGAAAAUUCAUGAGAUCAAUAUUGUAAAGAAAUGUGUGUUGUUUUUUAAAUUAUCCUAAUUUAUUUUUAAAAUUUUAUGAUGUUGGUAAGAUUUAUUAUAAUUUGAAAAAUAAAUUAAAAAUCCUCUGUUAGUGAGGAAAUUACCUGUUUUCAGAAUUGGCAGUUUGGCAAGUCAGUGGCAGGAUCACAUAUCAUGACUUGAGUAUGAAGAGAUUUGCCUAUAAACAUGUCUAAUAUGCAAAAUUGAUGCAAAUUCAGUUUUUUCCCUUCAAUUUGAUUUCUGUGAUAUAUUUACAGUUGAACCCUGCUAUAAUGAAUCUGUCUUACUAAUAAUAUAGUAAUGAACAAACCUCUGGAUACAAUAAUGUUAUAUACUCUGAUACAAUAAUGUUAUACAGUCAAAAGUCGUUAAUUCGGACACCCAUAAUCCGGAAUGAUCUAUAAUCCGGACCUCAAAGCUACAAACUUUCUGCGCAUGCGUUGCGUUGACGCAUGC